UUCGGAGUACCGUCGUGCUCGCUAAUUAAUCCACGAAACUGCGUCUCUCUUCCAAUAACCUGUGAAAUUUCCUCGCAAAAUGGACACCAGAGACCCCACCACGAGCGUCUUACGGUGGCUGCACUGACAUGUCCGCGCGGGCCCAUGGUCCGGUGAAAAUGUGACUUCCAUGGGAGAAUUUCGGCGAUUAGAGAACAAGAAGGAUCGGAUGAUGACGCACGGUGGUUCGCUGUCUCUAUUGGCCACGUACCUAGGAAUCUUCUCGAUCGCGCUAUGCCAAGGUACCUGUCCCACGAGGUGCCUGUGCCAGCUCAGCGAGCAGCCCAGGACCGUCAUGUGCUCCAAGCAAGGCCUAGAAGUGUUCCCUGAAGACAUAAGCGACAUGGUGGAGCAAUUAAAUUUGUCUAAUAAUAUACUGACGAAUAUUACCAGUGACAUUAAUCGACUGGUCGAGUUGCAGUAUUUGAAUUUAGCGAGGAAUAAGCUGAGUUCGUUGCCUGAUGAUCUAAGCUCGCUGAGGAGCUUGAGGAAAUUGGAUCUUAGCGGGAAUGAUAUAAAAAGUGUCACUGAUGUGAGCUCCAUAGGACAAUUACCAUCGUUGACUGUUCUGCUUUUGGCGAGGAAUCCAUUAGAGAAUUUGGAGGGACUAAUAAGCCCCAGUCUUGAGGCUCUGGAUGCUGGCCACUGUGAGGUGCCGGAACUCAGUAAUACGUCCCUGGAUGGGCUACCAUCGCUAACUAUGCUUAGCUUAAUAGGAAACCCGUUGAAAUUCAUUCAGAAAACGUGGAGCCCGAAAUUACAGUGGCUCGAUAUGUCUGACUGCCUCUUAAAUUACUUAAGACCCGAUACUUUCAAUGGAUUUCCAGCGCUUGAGGAGCUUCGAAUGUCCAACAAUCCUACUUUAGUCUACAGUAUGAGGCAUUCCACAUUAACACAUGAAAAUCUAAAAAAACUAGACGUGUCAAGAUGCAAUUUGGACAGGCCGGGCCUUCACGGAUUUCCCGCCUUGACUCAAGCACGACUCUCUCGUAAUAUGAUAAACAUACUGCCGGAUCGAAUCUUCGCUAAAAAUAGAGAACUCGGUUUUCUAUAUCUAAAUGCGAACCGAAUUGAGAAGCUGAAUAUGAGUACCUUCGAAGGGUUGGUGAAGCUUCAGGUACUGGAUUUAUCGGCCAAUGGUCUGGAAGCGAUUCAUCCGUUGACAUUUCACGAAAACGUGGAACUCAAAUUGCUCAAUUUAUCUUUCAACGCCAUAACCGAGUUUCCGAACUUUACAUCGACUAUGAUAACGUUGGACGCGUCGUCAAACUUUAUCAGUGAAAUGAAAGGAAAUUUUCUGACAAACAUGCCGAGAAUAAGAAGCAUCAAUUUGAGUGACAAUCGGUUACAAUGGAUUCCUCCUGGACUGAAAUCCACGACAUUGAAGAAUAUGGAUUUAAGGAGAAACAGACUAGUCGAAGUGUAUAAUGACACGUUUCUAGAGUUACCACGUCUUAUUAGGAUCGAUUUAUCAGGAAACCGAUUAACGGAUGCUAUAAAUCCAGAAAUCUUUCGAAACAAUCCAAACUUGAACAUCAUAAAAUUGGAAGACAAUCCAUGGCGUUGUGACUGUCACGAUCUAUUCAUGCUAUAUUCUUUCUUGAUGGAACCACCAGCGAAGACUGUAGAACAAAGCUUAAUUUGUCAAAGUCCAGCGAAUGUAUCCGGUUAUACUUGGUUAAGUGCAUGUUUCGACAUGUGGAAUGAACCUUUGUAUUACAAUAAGGACAAAACGUGGGGCUUUGUGAUGAUCAUUCUUCUUACGGUCACUAUUCUCCUUGGUAGCUUCGUAUCUAUCAGACACCUGAUGAGAAUUAAAAGAAGAGCCAUGGAACAGAGACAACAGUUGGAAUCUUUAAGAUUGUUAAGGCAACGAAGGAACCAAGUUGUACAGGAAGAAUUGCAUAUCGAACGUGCACCAGAACCGAGGAUCCACCCACUCGAAUUAGUAGAGCCACCCACUUACGAAGAAGCUGUUCAGAUGCCAAGACUAGCUCGAUCUCUGGACAAUUUGGACGAAAUUUCAGUAGGAAGAUCUUCUAUGCGCAUUAUGGGUUCUGUCGAUAACAUACGACCGAAACACAGAAGAACAAGAAGACCGAAAAAGAGAAUUCAGAGUGAGGAUGAUUUACUCAGACGGGAAGGGCGACGACAAGAUAGGAUCAGAAGGGAAAGAAAUAUCACCGUCGGUAACAAUGAAACCGUGUUACCACAAAAUCAAAGAAUACCCAAAACACAGGUGACGCGCAGAUCUAGAAGGUACAGUGUGAUAAGCGAUUCCGUAGAUUCAGGAAGCGGAAGAAUUCGAUCUAGACCGCAAACACCAAGUUCAAGAAAGAGAAGACAAAGAAGUACUGUUUAUGAUGGGCAUUCAACCGAUGACGAAGAUUCAGAUGUCCAGCCAGUUGGUUCAAGUAGAUCAAUCGCUAUCAGAGAACUUCGAAGAGAACCUAGAAGUGGUUAUAGAGAAUCUGCAACAGAACAAGAUUCCUGAAGACCCCAUCGGUCAUUGUAUAAACACAUUUUUUUAACAAAAUAUACAUUCUACUCGGAAUGAUCAUGAUCACUACCUUACCAUCAAGAGAUAUUAACUAGAAUUAAUUAAUAUUAACGAAAAAAUACUGCUGUAAGAGCACUCUAUCAUUGUUUUUUUGAA